CUGCUAUUCGUUGAAUAAAAAUCAGCUUCACGUCAUGACUUCAGAAAGCACAUUACUGGUUCUCUGACAUUACCCUUGGUUGGGAACCAACAUGAAUUGGCACCUACGAUCUAAACAGGCAUAUCUUUCUAGUCGUUGCUUUUGACCUCCAUUAACCAGACGAAUUCACGCACGCUUCACGGUUAAUGCUUCUGCGACUGUAGCAACAUGCCCGACGAUCAUCGUGUAACGCAUGCCUCCUCACCCUAAACAUGUAUGCACAGUAGCGAUGGCAAUCAGUUACAUGGAGGUACAGGGAUCCUCCAGCGAAAAAGACCACAUCAUACUGUUGCUACAGUGGGAGAAGCAUUAACCCUGAAGCGUGCGUUAAUUCGCCUGGUUAAUGGAGGUCAAAUCCUAGAACUAGAAGGAUAUGUCUGUUUAGAUCGUAGGUACCAGUUCAUGUUGCUUCUCAACCUAGGAUAGUGUCAGAGAACCACCAGUGUGCUUCGAAACGUAAAGCGUGACUCCCCAAGCUAACAGGAACCUGCAUGGAGCUCUCCACUAGAUGCACGACAAGUAGGUUUUUCUGGGUUAUUUUAAACCUUUCUUGCUCCAUUCUCAUCUCAAUUGAUUCCUCGUUAAGUUUACUGAAUUGUUAAGACGAUGUGAUCUCGUUUCUGUUUGGUUCAUUUACUCGCCUUAUCUACACCCACGUGCCAUGUCUGAUUUUAUUAUCUCCUUAUCCAUUACUCAUCUAUCGUUUUUUCACGGGAUUCUAUAUCACAUUUCGGACGCCUUCUUUACAGCGGUUUGUUAACAUUCUCCCACAGUCUAGUUGCCUCCCUCGUUUUUUCUUUACCUCUUCCCACAGGAGCGCAUCAUGACACGCGACUACAAUGGCACCAUGUUCGAAGAUUCACAGUUCCUCGUCUUUUGCAAUCGAUUCGCCACAGUUUUUAUCGUGAUCCCCAUUCAUUUUCUUCCCCUGGGUAUUUUGGCCAAUCCACUGCAUCCAGGACGCCGGGCUCCCUUCUUCGAAUACUCCUUUGCUUCGUUUAGCAACAUACUCAGCAGCUGGUGCCAGUACGAAGCACUGAAAUACAUAUCGUUUCCUACUCAGGUGAUGUCGAAGGCUUGCAAAGUUAUCCCCGUGAUGAUAAUGGGUUGGUUCAUUCAAAAACGUUCUUACACUGCCACUGAAUACGCGACUGCGUUACUCAUCUGUAUAGGCCUCAACAUGUUUAUGCUCGGUCAUCCAGAGGACCACGCUCUCACGGUGAAUAAUACCGAUCAGCUCGACAAUUUCAGUGGUAUUUUGCUGAUCAUUGCAUAUCUUGCAUUGGAUUCGUUCACAACCAAUUGGCAGGACCGACUGUUCCGAAAGUAUUCGCUGUCCCCAGUGCAAGUCAUGGCUGGAGUGAACCUCUGGUCCGUUCUUCUCACCCUUAUUCCGCUACUUCAGCGAGGUACUCUGUUCUCCUCUUUGCAAUUCGGACUUCUGCAUCCGACCUUCUUCGGUGAUGUGAUCCUCUCUGCGCUCUGUUCAGCUGUAGGACAGUUGUUUAUUUUCAUGACUAUUGCAAACUUUGGUCCGGCCACUUUUGUACUAAUUAUGACUUUACGCAUGGGCUUGUCCAUUUUACUGUCUUGUAUCCUGUUCUCUCAUCGUGUGUCCACUGUGGGAAUAUCAGGGAUUUUGCUGGUAUUUUUUGCUUUAUUUCUACGCUUGUAUCUGCGAUCAAGAAGAGCGCCGAAAAGCUGACCGAUUGGCUCCGUUUUUCUACUCCUGGCAGUAUAGCGCCUACCAUGUCACAGACCCGUCUCCUUCCCGCCUCACUUUUCUUCACACACUAAAACAAGCAACUUUGUGAUACAUUAUUGAAUUUAUUUUGCCUUUACUUGUCUUGAGGUAUAUGAUAUUGAAAGUGCUCCUUUUCACGUCCUUCGUACUCACUUGUAAUUGACUCGUGUAUAAUGACGAAAUACACUGCUCGAAUGUGAA